AUGUCAGAUGCUGGGCUCGUCGCGCUUCUAAAGCCUCCAUCAUGGCUGCGGAGAAGAUUGCGCCCCACCCUUCGCAAAGUGGCUGUCGCGCUGGCAGCAGCAGGCCUCUCGGUGCUGGUGUACCGGAGGGUCCGAAGGGCGAUCCUGAUGAGCAGGCUCGUCAACGACCAGCUUGAGAGGUGGACCAGGAAAGGGCCAGCCAAGGAGCCGGUGGUCGAAUGUGAGGUUCCCGUCGAGCACGGAGCUACUGGCCAAGACGUAGACUUGGACGUGGUUGAGGUACCAGUGGGCCUGGCGUUCGAAUGCGAGCGCAUCAGGCAGCAGCUGCGCCAGAGGUUCGCCUGCGAAAGUGAUGCCCAGAUGGUCGAGGCGCUCUUGGCCCAUUUUCAGGAGCGCGCCGGCAUGGUCCCUGAGGACGAGGCUCUUCUGCAGCUACCUUGGAUAGAUGUUGCCGCGCUGGCACAGCUCACGUACUGGUAUGAUCGGCGGCCACGGGAGAAUGAGGAGGUGCAGGAGGCUCACAAAGAGGAGCGAAACCGCGAUGCCAAGUACGGGCGGUGGACGAAGAAGAUUGGACGAGAAAAGGUGAUCUAUUCGUCCGUGGGCCUCAAGUCGCGCGUUCGCACACGGGGCCACCUUGGCGCGAAGGUGUUCCGACGGCCGGCUGGCGUGGACGUCACCCGGCUCUCGACGCUCCAGCGCGCAGCGUCGCUGUGCGGCCAUGAGCCGCUCCUCUCUCUGGUGGAGUCCACCAUGGACAGCCUGCGGCCGAAGAACGUCGCACGCAUCGCUUGGUCCGAGGUGGAGACGCACGGAGCUCAGAUGACCAUCGGGAGGCUUUGGGGGAGGGAGUUUGGGGGAGGGAUUUGGGGCAAGUUUGAUCCCUGGAUCCCUAAGCCCUAA